AUAUAUAUAUAUAUAUAUAUAUAUAGUGUGUGUGUGUGUGUGUGUGUUUACAAAUGUAUAUAUAAAUGUAGAGUUGGGGGCGUUGUGGCAUUGGGUUGUUGACUGUAUGGGUUGUUGACUGUAUUGGGUUCAAAAUACAUAGCCGGAAAGGAGGAGAUGGAGUGUGGGUAUCACAACUGGCGCAUCAGUGGCAGCAGUACUGGUGAUGAUGGGAGUAAUAAUAACGUGUACAGGGAAGGUGCGGAUCAUAAGGCGGCGGUGGAUGGUGGUGAUACCGCAGGCGGUGGCCGUGGCCGUGGCUCAAGAAGCAGCAGGUGGGAGAGGCCACGGUGGUGGUCGCCAUGUUACGUGGUGGUGAGGAUACUGGCGCUGGCAUUCACGCUGGGAGCAGCAGUAGUGCUUGGGCUGAACAGGGAAACCGAAGUCGUCCCCGUUAGCCUCUUCCCUGACAUGGCCCCAGUGCAUGUGCGCGUCCCUGCCAAGUGGCAUUACCUCUCUGCCUUCGUGUACUUCGUGGUGGUAAAUGCAAUAGCAUGUGCAUACGCGGCGCUCUCCUUGGGCCUCUCUCUUGUCACCCGCCGGGGCAAUGGAAAGAAAAGCUUCGUGGCGCUGAUGAUGAUAAUCACGCUGGACGCGGUGAUGGUGGCUCUCGUCUCCUCCGGCAGCGGAGCCGCCGGGGCCGUCGGCGUCAUCGGCUACAAUGGCAACUCGCACGUGCAGUGGAACAAGGUGUGCAAUGUGUUCGACAAGUUCUGCCACCAAGUGGCGGUCGCCGUCCUCCUCUCCCUCCUCGGCGCGAUCGCUUUCCUCCUACUGGUUGUGCUGGCCGCUUCGUCCUUCUACAAGCAAAUGUUCUAAAUAAUAAAUACCAUAUAUGUGUUAGUCUCUGUAAUCCCUCGGGAGCUUGAUUUCAAUUUCUACUUAGUCUCUGUUAUCCCUCAGGAGCUUGAUUUCAAUUUCUGCUUCUUUGAUCUUCUUCUUCUUCUAGACUUAAUGACACAAUAGUUUUCUUCGUUUUGUUCUUUCUUUUCUUAGAAGGGUAAACUGAAAGUUGUCACAAAACUAUAUUUUAUUAAUUAUUAGAGGUUGGGCAAAA